GCCGUUGAGAAAACAGGAGGUCAGGAACAAAGAGAAGGGACUGCUGGAAUAAGAAGUAGUCGUGAACAAGAGCAGCUUGAAGAUAAGAAGAAUAUCCUUGCGAGCAGUGGUUCUACAUCCUCUUCAUCUGCUAAAGCACCCGUGACGACAUCUUCACCUCUCGCAGCGCUUGCAGCUUCGUCUCCAACCGCCUCUGGAGCAUUGAAUAUGAUAGCGAAGCUCGUAAGGGGACAAUCUUCCCGUGAGAAUGAUGGUGGAGCUUCGUCAACAUCAACGUCCAAAGAAGUAGGAUCUGCUGGUGGAGCUUCGUCGCAUACACAACCGGAAGACAACACCUCCUUUGGAACGAUACCCUGCGUUCGUUCUAGAUUUGACAGCUCUGUGUUAAGAUUUCGAGAUUGGGUCUUUCCCAAAUGGGCUCUUUGUCCAACGUUAAUAGGAACAACAGCAGUGCCAAGUCCACUAGCAUCGAGCUUUUUCCGGAACUACAUCAUGAACUCUCCUGCUACUGUCCAGAAAACGUCAGUCAUACACCGCAGAAAAGUAUCGAAAGAGCAAGUCUCUCCUAGGAAACAUUGUGUCAAUUACGGUUCUUCGGUGGACGUGCAAGGGAGUGUGAUGAAUGCGGAGUUGAGAGCGCUGUCGAAUUCAUUGGAAAAUCAGGGAUACGACGGAGCCGCAAUGAAUCUUUGGACAAGAUUAGCGGAGUUUGGACCUGAGAUACUGUGGACAUUGUGGCAUCUGGCCAUCGCUGGGGACCCGCUUGUAAUCUACGGCGAUUCUACGGUCGUAGAUGACGCGGUUUUCGCCUGCCUGCAGUUAAUUCGCCCCUUAGAUUAUUGCGGAGAUUUUCGACCUCAUUUCACUGUUUAUGACCCCGAUUUUCGCGACGACCGUCCGAUGACAAGAUCGAGUAGUGCGGUGAGCAGAACAAGUAGUGCUAGAAGCGAUACUGCCGGAGAUGCUGGUAGAAGGGUAAGUAGUGGAAGCGCUGUAGGUGCUGUUUUUAGUGGCAAUACUGCUAGUACAAGUACGGGCACAUCACCAUCUUCGAGCUCAACAUCAAAGGAAAAACCACUUGUAGUCGGUUGUGCUAAUCCAGCGGUCUUCAUGGAUUUGACACGGGCCAUCAAAAGUUCUACUGGUGCGAAUGCAGCGGUUUCUCCUGCUGAUCCAGCCACAUCUAAGGCGAAAAAAGUCUCGAGUCUGCUCUUAGGAGGAGGCGGAUCAUCUUCUGGUUUUGGAAGGUCGUUCUCACAACAAAACCUUCCAUCCGUUUCACAACUACCAACGAUUAGUGGGUCUUCAACGUCAACACGGAGGAGUGAUGACAGCCACAGCGGUCGGAUAGGACCAGGAGAAGCUCAGCUUGCUGAUACUCUGAUGCAGAAACAUCUCAGAGAAGAGAAGGCUGA